AUGGAUCCCAAAGCCAUCUCCGAAUUAAACUUAAAUUAACUAUAAAAAGAUAACAAUGCGUUAGGAUUAUGUAUAUCUAAUGAUGAAAAUAUCACCUAUGUUGCAGGAGGUUAAGGCGGUCUUUUUGUUAUUGACAUCACAAAUAAAUAAUAGACAUAUGUAGUUUCUUAAAUAUAUACAAAAUUCGCGAUAAGUUGCUAAGUGAGAGGAUCAUAUCUUUUUUUAGCUGAUUUGUAUGAGGGAUUUUUUAUUUAUAAUGUUAAGAACCAUUAAUUGCCUUUAAAAGUUUCAUAAAUGGAUUUUAUUAAAAGCUUUUAAUCUGUUUAGGUCACAUAAGAUGGACUAUAUGCUUUUCUAUUGGCUAAUGGUUAAGUUUUUUCUAUAGACGUAUCUGAUCCGAAUAAUCCAAAAAUAGUUUCAUCUUUCACAUAGUUUUUAUCUCCGAAUUCAUAUAGAUUAAGAUUUGAUAUAAAUGAAGAAUACUUACUUGUAUCUAAUCACAUGAUGGGAGUUUAAAUAUUUGACAUUAGAGACAGAACCAAUAUUUAAUUAAGACUCAAUUAAAAUCCAGCAUUUGUAAUUUGGGAUUGUAUUAUGACAUAUGACAGAUAAGCCUUAUAUGUUGCUGAUGGUUUUUUCGGAUUAUUUUAUGCACCAGUCUAAGGUUUACUUUCAAUACCAAAAUCAUCUAACUAAUAAGUCACCUUUACUUUUAAAAAUUUAUUACCUGCACCAUAUCUACUAUAAUCAUUAGUAAUUACUAGAGAUAAUAGCUAUAUUGCACUAGGUUUUCGCAGUUAAGGAUUAAAAUUGUAUGAAAUUUAAAAUGGCUAAUAUGAUUAACUACAGUUUGUUUAGUAAAUAGAAGGUAAUAUGUUUGCAAAUGAAGUUUAUUUUACAAAAAAUUAAGAACAAUAUCUCUAUUUAGUAAAUGGAUAUUCUUUCGUCAUUUAUCAAUCAGUUAUUCAAAAUUUAAAUUAAGAUUUUCCAAAUAUAUUUAAUACAUAUUAAUCUGCCCUUAGACCACUAGUAAGUAGCUCAUCUCCAACCCACAACUAUUGCUUCCCUAACUAAUAAUAUUACAUCGAAACAAACUAUUAAUAUGGUAAUUCCAUUUUAUCAAUGGCCGAUCCUUAUAGUUUAGUAUAAGUUGGUUUCAUACCUUUUAUUGGAGGCUUGAUUGAUGGUUCUCAAGCAAAUAGUCAACUAACAUAUUUAUUUGUUGCAAUGUCACAAGUCGGUUUGGUUAUUUAUGAUAUAAAGAAUAUAGCCAACCCCUAACUAGUAACUAUAUAUAGCCCUAAAGUAUAUAUCAAUCCUAACUAACCUCCAUUAUAAAAUCUAAUUAUAAACUUAGAUUUAAGCUAUGAUUAAAAGCUAGUUGUGAUUUCUAAUGGUUUCUCAGGAAUUGUAGUUGCUGAUGUAAGUGAUCCAACUCAUCCAGUCGAUGGAGGCUAUUACUCAUAGCCUCACAGCUGUGGUUUCGAAAAGUGUAUGUGGUUAAGAGACUCUAUAAGAAUUGUCUGCACCUGUAGAGAAACAGGAAUUUUUUUUUUCUAUUAUUCCUACACAACUAAAGCUUUAACACUAUCAAAUAUACUUAUUUCUGUAGGAACUGAAAGAUUUAAUUUCUCAAGCGAUUAAUCCAAAAUAUUUCUUGCAAAUGGGUUUUAAGGAGUUGUUAUAAUUGAUAUAACUAACUUUGAUAAACCUGUCAUUCUAGGAAAAACAGUAGUAACUGGUUGGGUAGUAAGUCUUGAUGCAAUCUAUUCAGAUAAAUACUUAGUUAUAGCUGAAAAUGAAAAAGGUUAGAUAGCUAUUAUUAAUGUAGAAGACCCUACAAAUCCUUAUGUUUAGCAAAAAUAUUAGUUCCCAAACGAAAAUGCAUAAGCAAUAUGUGCAACAAAAGAUUAGAAAUACUCCUAUUUCUCAGGUACACUAGGAACAAGAACAAUUCCUUUGACUACGAACUUGAAGAUUCAUUCAUAAAUUUAAGUGGUUCAAACAAAUUAAAAUGGAUAAAACUUUUAUUAAAGCUUAAAUCCAGGUUAAAAAUUGCUUGUUGGAUAGCAAGCUAUAAUAACAUUUGUUCCGUUGUAUACUGAAUUAAAAAUAAAAAUAUAAAAUGUUUACUACUACAGAAAUUUUGAAAUGAAUACUCUUCCUUCGUGGAUAAUAUUUUUAGAAAGUUAAUCAUAAAUUUCAAUGAAUGUAGAUAAAUCUGCAACUCAGAAUAACUUUUCAAAUGAGAAGUAAGGUGAAAACAUUUUAGUCUUAGAUAUAUUAACUCAAAUAUAGUAAACUGACUUCAAUCUUAAUGCGAAAUAUCCAAACCUAGCUUAAGCUAUAUAUAAAACUUUGUUAAAUGAAUAAUAUAUUGACGCUCAGGGAUUUAUAACUUCUAAAUUAGAUCCCAACAUUGACUUUGAACUUAAUUUUUACAACGACUCAGAUUUAAAAUAAACAAGUUUUACCUCAGAUCAACAAAAUUAAAUGCAGUAUUAAAUAAAAAAAAAAUUAGUUUUUUCAAAGAUCAGUUAUCCUAUUAGAUUUUUUGUUUAAUCCUCACUUAAAUUUGAUUACAAUAAUAAUUAAGGAUAGAUUAUUCAAACACCUUCCCCAUAAGUAAGUAUUUUCUUUUAGAUUUUGUAAAAUGGAAUAUUCGUAAAGAAAACCUUUGAAGGUGUGCUUGCUUCUUUUUCAGAUGAUCUAACUAGUCUAAAGAUAUCAGGAUAAAGCUCUUUUGUAAACUAGAUUGUUUCAAAGAAUUUAUAGAUUUCAACAAAUUCUACAGACUUUUAAAAAAUUUUAUUGUAUAUUGAUCUAUCUGAUUCUGCUAAUUUCGAUAUUCUUUAGAACUUAACACUAAGCUAGCUUACUUUUAUUUCUCUUGUUUCACCUAUAUAAUUAAAGACAUAAAGUGAUCUAUAAAAUCAAUUCAACAGAUAUUACUCUGAUUCUAAGGUGUAUGUAGAAGAAAGAUUUUCUUUUUCUUUUGACAUGGAUACAUUUACAUAAAAAGACGGGCUAUAAUUAACUUACAAAGCCUAUUGGGUAAUUUCUGAAACAAAUUUAUAACUUAUAACUAGUGGAGAUUGGAUUGAAUUUAGUGAAUUUAGCCUGAGUUUCAGUGGUUAGAGAUCAGCGUCUUAUUGGUUAAGUAAAGCAAGAAUAAGAGUUAUUGCCACUGAUGGAUACACUUCUGCUUCUAAUGAUUUUGUUAUAUACUUUGCUUCCCUUCCUUUCUUAUAUGUUUUCUAAUUCAUCAUUUAGAUCUUAGGUCCAAUCCUAGGUGUCUUAGGUAUCUAUAAAUACCGCUUUUACAUUCAUCUAUGCUUAUUCGAAAGGUAUUUGAUGCAUAACUAAGAAGUAGCUGUUAUAGGAAAAACGUUUUAAAAAUAAAUUGUACUGAUAGAUGAAAUAACUGAUGAUGUACUUGAUAUAUGGAAUAACUUUCUCAAGUAAAAUAAAUUCUUCAAGAAAUAGCUUGUUUCUGAAUACAAAUCAUCUAAGAAAUUUGAUUUUAAAUUAAUUAUUUCUCAAUUACAAUAACUGUACACAAUUAAUUAAAAGAAAUACAAAAAUAUAGAUCCUCGAGAAUUUGAUUUCGAUGAUAGUAGGACAAUAAGAAUAGUCAAGAAACUUAUUAUUAAUGUUUUAUUAGAGGAAUAUAAAAUCACAAAAAAAUUGUAUGAAAAAGUAGUAAAAUUUGCUAAAAAGAAGUAAGGAAGAAAUGACUGGUAUAAAUACUACACUAAUAUCAUUCCUACAAUGUAAAUAAAAGAUAACAACUUGGUUAUAAAAAAAUCAAAUCCUAAAAUCAAUGAAUUAAAAAAAGAAAAUGGAUAAAGCGAAAAAAUUAUUACAUAAACAAAGAUUUUUGUAAGUGAUAAUAAUAUAUAAGAAAGAAAUUCAAAUUAUAAAUAAUGCUCAAUAGCAGAAAUUUAAAAAUAACUACUCAAAGCUGAAGAUAUCCAAUCAGUGAAUAAAUUUUAAUCAAAUUGUUAAAUAUCAAAUGAAAAAAUAAAUUUGUACAGAUAAGAUGAAUAGUUAAAAUAUAAUACUCCUUAACCUAAAUAGUCAAAUAAAAAUGAAAGUGAACAUAUAGAUAUUAUUUUAGAUUAAAGUGAUGAAGACAUAGAAGAAAAGUAAUAAAGUUCUUUUUCUGAUGAUGAAAACAGUGAUGAGAUUUAAAAAGGAUAUCACAAUUUAAAUCCAUUCCCUUAAAUAGCUAUUAUAUAAGACAAUUUAGUUAAGGCGAUAACAUAAAUUCAAUUUAAUAAAAGCUACGAUUUGUAUUUAAUAAUAGAGUUGAUCAUUCUUGAAGCUAGUGGUAUAAUCACUUGUUCAAGAAAUAUUUUCAAUCCAUCUAAAGGAGAGAGUCUUCACGUUUUUCCACAUGAACUUAAUAGCUUAUAGGCUUACAGAAAAGAUGAGAAUUAAUUUUGCCUUUGCUUGAUGAACAUAUUUAAUAUGAGCUACACUCCAAUAGGUUUAACCAUAAAUAACCCUCUUCCUAAAUGGUUAAACCACUAAAUUGUAGAUGGUAUUAUACAUAUUUGGGGAGUGCCUAAGAUUAACGAUGAUCCUGAAAUACGUAUUAGAGUGAUAGAUUAAAAUUAAAUUACCAUAAGGAGCUUUCAUAUAGUUAUAUAAGAUGAGAGAGGAAACGAUCUUAGAGAUAAAAACUACUUAAAGAAAGCUCAUGCCAUGAUAAAAGAAGCUAAGCAAAAAAGAAGAAUAAUUAAUAAAAUAAAUUCAUCUAAUAAUAUCUAAUUAAAAGGAAAUUAGAUUACUUCUCAUAGCAUAAUAAAAGAUAAUUAAAAUUUAAAAAAUUAAUAAACAUCUGAAAGACAAGAAAAAGUAUAAUUUAAAUUAUCUGAAGCAAAAAUAGAUUGCCAAUAAAGUCAUACUAAAUUAUAAGAUAAUUAAAAAGUUGAAUAUUAAAUAGAGUUAAAUCAUCAAACAAAUAUAAAUUAAAGAAAUUCCGUAGAGGAUUCUUUGGUAGCAGAAAACUAAAUAUAAAACGAAGUUGAAGAAAAUCAAAACGAUAUUGAAAAACAAUUAAAGAUCUAUCAAAAUCUCACUAGAAAAGAAGGAACCUUAGUCAAGAAUUUUUGA